AUGAGCACCACUUCCUCUUCGUCGUCCACCAUCUCGGAAGCGGCCUCCAAAACCUACAGUGCGAUCAAAGAUGUUGCGCCUGGCCCGCGCAAGGCGGCAUCCACACCGACGCAAACCGCGCAGCGCAAGGACAAGCCGCUCUACUCGCUCAUAGCCGGUACCACCGCGGGUGCCGUUGAGGGCUUCACCACCUACCCGAUCGAGUACACCAAGACCGUCUCCCAGUUUGCCGCGAAAGCCGGCGAGAAGGCUCCUGGGCCCAUCACCAUCGUCCGCAACACCAUCGCCAAGGAUGGCUUUAUCGGUCUCUACAGCGGCUGCGGAGCGUUGGUGACGGGCAACGCAAUCAAGGCUGGUGUACGUUUCCUAAGCUACGACCACUUUAAGAGCAUGUUGAAGGACGAGAAUGGCAAACUUUCGGGUCCACGAUCGCUGCUGGCCGGAUUGGGAGCGGGGAUGAUGGAGGCCAUCUUUGCAGUGACCCCGUCGGAAACGAUCAAGACCAAGCUCAUCGAUGAUGGCAAGCGUGCCGUGCCCAAGUAUCCACGUGGGUUGUUCCCGGGCACAGCGGCUAUUGUAGCCGAAGAAGGGAUCAGGGGCAUCUACCGCGGUCUGUUCCCCGUCAUGCUCCGUCAAGGCGCAAACUCCGCCGUGCGUUUCGGAACGUAUUCGACACUCAAGAACUUUGUCUCUGGCAGCGCACGACCGGGACAGUCUCUUCCAGGUGGAAUCACGUUCGGCAUCGGCGCCGUGGCGGGGAUUGUGACGGUGUACGCAACCAUGCCGUUGGACGUCAUCAAGACCCGCAUGCAGACCCUCGAGGCUCGAACGAAGUACACAAACACGUUCAACUGCGCCGCGGUGACGCUGCGCGAAGAGGGCGUGCUGGCGUUCUGGCGCGGCGCCACACCGAGAUUGGCGAGGUUGGUGCUGUCGGGUGGGAUUGUCUUUACGGUGUACGAGGAGAUUAUGAGCGUGCUGGGCGCUAAGACGAUGUAA